CCCCUCUUCCCUCCCCACAACCACCAUUUCUCUCUCUAAACACCACUCUCUCUCUCUACACCACCACCAUGCCUGAAGCACCCGACAACGGUGUCACCGCCACGGACUACGCUCUCACCGAUAAAAACAAAAAAGCUGUUGAGUUCAUUGAGGAUGUGACCUCUAGACCUGACCAAGUCCAAAAACAAAUUUUAACCGAAAUUCUCACCCAAAAUGCCACUGUUGAAUACCUCCAUCGCCACGGUCUCUCCGGCCACACCGAGCGUGAAACGUUCAAGAAACUUGUUCCGGUUGUCACCUACGAAGAUCUCCAUAACGAUAUCACUCGUAUCGCCAAUGGCGAUAAAUCCGCCAUUCUUUCAUCCCAUCCCAUUUCUGAGUUCUUAACAAGUUCAGGGACAUCAGGAGGAGAGAGAAAACUGAUGCCCACCAUUGAUGCAGAGCUAGGAAGAAGAUCUUUGUUAUACAGUCUUUUAAUGCCGGUGAUGAACCAGUUUGUACCCGGUUUAGAUAAAGGCAAAGGGAUGUAUUUUUUAUUCAUAAAAUCAGAAGCUAAAACCCCUGGUGGGCUUUUGGCCCGGCCCGUUUUAACAAGUUACUACAAAAGCACCCAUUUUAAAGAAAGACCAUACGACCCGUAUACAAAUUACACUAGCCCGAAUGAAACCAUUCUCUGCCCGGAUUCAUAUCAAAGCAUGUACUCACAAAUGCUUUGUGGGUUGUACCUUAACAAAGAGGUUCUUCGGGUCGGGGCGGUUUUCGCUUCCGGGUUCAUUCGGGCUAUUCGGUUUUUAGAAAAACAUUGGAGUCUUUUGAGCCGUGAUAUCCGGACGGGUAGUUUGAAUCCGGUUGUUACCGACCCGUCGGUGAGAGAAUCCGUGAUGAAGAUGUUGAAACCCGACCCGAAUCUUGCGGAUUUUAUCGAGCUCGAGUGCUCGAAGAAAUCGUGGCAAGGGAUUAUUACUAGAUUAUGGCCAAAUACAAAGUAUGUUGAUGUUAUUGUGACUGGGUCAAUGGCUCAGUAUAUACCAACUCUUGAUUAUUAUAGUAAUGGGCUCCCUCUUGUGUGCACAAUGUAUGCAUCUUCCGAGUGUUAUUUUGGGGUCAAUUUGAACCCACUUUGUAGCCCUAGUGAGGUUGCUUACACAAUUAUACCCACCAUGGCUUACUUUGAGUUCCUUCCGGUUCAUCGAACCGCCAGCGGUGCGACCAUCGAAAGUGAAAAGGGAAAUUCGCAACUCGUCGAUCUUGCGGACGUUAAACUCGGUCAAGAAUAUGAGCUUGUGGUCACAACUUAUGCUGGUCUUUAUAGAUAUAGAGUUGGUGACAUUCUUAAAGUUGUUGGAUUCAAGAACAAAGCUCCUCAAUUCAGUUUCAUUUGUAGAAAGAAUGUGGCAUUAAGUAUCGAUUCGGACAAAACCGACGAAGUCGAGCUACAUAAAGCAGUCGAGAAUGCGGUAAACCACUUGGUCCCGUUUAGUGCAACCUUGACCGAAUACACGAGCUACGCGGACACCACCACUAUCCCUGGUCACUAUGUGAUUUUUUGGGAGGUUAAUGAGAAUGGGUCGACCUCGAUUCCCGCUUCAGUGUUUGAAGAUUGUUGUCUUACCAUCGAAGAGUCGUUGAAUAGCGUUUACAGGCAGGGUCGGGCUUCGGAUAAGUCAAUAGGAGCGUUGGAGAUCAAGGUUGUCGAAAACGGGACGUUUGAUAAGUUGAUGGAUUUUGCAAUAAGUUUAGGAGCUUCGAUUAAUCAGUACAAGACUCCAAGAUGUGUGAAGUACAAACCGAUCGUGGAACUGCUAAAUGCGAAGGUGGUGUCGAGCUAUUUUAGCCCGAAGUGCCCGAAAUGGUUCCCGGGCCACAAGCAGUGGACCGGUUAACUGAUUCGGGCUUUAGCUAGGUAGGAAACUAAGCUGAAAGAAGAUGUUUGUUUAGAUAAUUUAAAAUCUCUAAAUCUUGUGGUGUUUGGUGUUGUUAAGGUGUUUUCGAGUGGGCCGGGUCAUGGUUUAUGUAAAAAAGCAAUUUAAGAAUCGAACAUCAUUUUCGUCUUUAA